AUGCUCCAGAAGACACCUCCAAGCCACCGUCUAACGGUUUCCUCGCUCCUCUCGCCACCCGAGAUGCAACGCUCCGAGUCGUUUGGCUCGUCGAUUGCACCCACCUCAUUCUCCAGCGUCACUUCACAGUCCUCUACCGACACCCUCAAACGCCCCCACUUCAAUAACGCCAUGAUGGACUAUCAGGCCCAGCUGCUCCUCCAGCGGGGCCAUGCAUAUGCAUCGCCACCAAUCUCUCCAUACGAAACACAGUCGCAAAAGGAGAACAUGGAGGUUGUGGACGAGCAAGGUGCCGUCGAUCCCCAGCUGUUCGCCUCAAGCAGCAACUCCGCGCCCGUUGCGCUUGAGCCACUGUUCCCCCAGGAGCCGGCCUCCCAGACCAUUUCCAAGCACAUGCAGUCACCAAGCUACGCACGCCUGCAGACCAGGCCCUCUCUCGAGGACUACGAACUCGCCGUCACCUUCAGAUCUACUGUCUACGAGCAGGCCUUCAAGAACCCCCGUGCGUGGAGAGAACAGGAGCGACGCUACGAGGAGUACUACGGACGUCCUGCCGGUGUGCAAAAGCGACCGGUCCUGAAGAAGCUUGCACCUGCACCCUCCUCGCGAGCUCGCCAGCCAAAGGUUGCCCUCGCACGUAUCCCUCCUCGUGCUCCCCGUGCGCGAGAGCCCAAGCGCACACCCAAGGCUUUGCCUCUCGACUCGUUCGACCACUCCCCAGUCGUUGCAUCUCCCAAGCAGGCGCGCAUCACCACCAACCGCGACGACACCGACUACAACGCCCUUCCUGACUACUGCCCCUCGGUCGACACUCUGCCCAAGGGUAACCCCAAGUGCCUCAAGGCUGAGUGGAAGGGCACAGUGCUCGAUCUCUCCAAUGAUCCCGAUCGGCACAUGUUGCACGAGGCUGAGGUUCACCUCGCCGCAACGCUGCGCCUCAACUGCGCAACGUACCUCUGCAGCAAGCGCCGUGUCUUCCAGGCUCGCAUUGAGGCCAUGAAGAUCGGCAAGGAGUUCCGCAAGACCGACGCCCAACAGGCUUGCAAGAUCGACGUCAACAAGGCUAGCAAACUCUGGCAAUCGUACGACAAGGUCGGCUGGUUCAACCCUGAGUACUUCCGCAAGUACCUCUGA